AUGUCCACGCUGACCGUCGACCCGCCCGCUGGAGUCGUGCCCGCCGCCGGAGGCAAAGUUACCCACACGCUCGCCAAUGGAGGAGCCGCCAAGGUCGUCUUCAAGGUGAAGUCGUCAAACAACACCGAGUACCGCCUGAACCCCGUGUUCGGCUUCGUCGAGCCAGGAGCCCAAGCCCCGGUCGAGAUCACCCGCACCGCCGGCCCGCCCAAGGAGGACAAGCUGGUCAUCGAGUACGGCGACGCUCCAGCUGAUGCUGCCACCCCUCAGGACGCCUUCAAGGGAGUCGCUGCCCCGCAGAAGCUCACCGUCCCCAUCAAGGCCGAA